GCGGCGAUCUUCGUGUCACGAAGGUUAAUAGCACCACUACGGUGAACGUCAGUGCAGAGAUGCGUUACCGAGCCGGGGCGCUGGUACUGGGGCUUCCCCUCAGUGCGUUAUCGCCCGGUCUUCAGCUCGAUCCGGCGGGCUGGUGGAAGCCAGAGUGGGGACUUUUAAAAAGCGAGUGAUGGAGCUCAUGUUCAGUCAUACGGCUAUGAGUUUCAUGCGUGGUAGUAACAUUCAGGCUACUUAUGUAACUUAAGUUGUGAAGUGCAGGGUGUGAGUAGGUGUGCAGGAGAUUAACAGGCAAAACCCACCAAAUCCUAGUCUACGGCUUAAAUCCCUGCAUGCAAGAACAGUGGAAAGCAGAUUUGAGGUGUCCAUCCUGGUCGGUGUUGAGCCCAGUCACGGAUAAAGAGAAGUUACCAUGACGACAGAAACGGGUCCUGAUGCAGAGGUGAAGAGCGCAGCAGAGGAACCGCCCCAACACAAGGGGGCAGCAGGCAGCAUGCCCGAGUCAGCAUCAGACGGCAAAAUGGCCAAACAGGACCAAGAUGGCAAACGUCCAGAUGACCACAAAGAUCCAGACGACACGUCGGACCGAACAACACCAGGCAAAAGCCCCAAAUCCCCACAGAAACCUUCCAAGCGCUCCAAGACUUUCCCCUUCAAGGUGGCUCUCCUGGACAGCUCUGAGUAUGAAGCUAGCAUUGAGAAGCACUGCAAGGGGCAAGCUUUGAUGGACCUGGUAUGUGAACACCUCAACCUGCUGGAGAAGGACUACUUUGGACUGACCUUCCGUGAUUCCGACAGCCAAAAGAAUUGGCUGGACCCCUCCAAGGAGAUCAAGAAGCAAAUGCGAACUUCUCCCUGGCAUUUUGCCUUCGCUGUCAAAUUCUACCCUCCUGAUCCCUCUCAGCUCAUGGAGGACAUCACCAGGUACUACCUGUGUCUUCAGCUGCGUGACGACAUUCUGUCCGGCCGGCUCCCCUGCUCAUUCGUCACCCACGCCCUGCUGGGCUCCUACACUGUGCAGGCUGAGCUCGGAGACUACGAUCAGGAUGAGCACGGCUCCGACUAUGUCAGUGACCUCCGAUUUGCCCCCAAUCAGACUCGGGAGCUGGAGGAUAGAGUCAUGGAGCUCCACCGCACCUACAGGGGAAUGACUCCUGCUGAGGCAGAAAUGAACUUCCUGGAGAAUGCCAAGAAGCUGUCCAUGUAUGGGGUCGACCUGCAUCAUGCGAAGGAUUCAGAAGGGAUAGACAUCAUGCUGGGGGUUUGUGCCAACGGCCUGCUGAUCUACCGUGACCGCUUGAGGAUCAACCGCUUUGCCUGGCCCAAGAUCCUCAAGAUCUCAUACAAAAGGAGCAACUUCUAUAUAAAGAUCCGCCCCGGAGAGUAUGAGCAGUUUGAGAGCACCAUUGGCUUCAAGCUGCCCAACCACAGAGCAGCGAAGAGGCUGUGGAAGGUCUGCAUUGAACAUCAUACUUUCUUCAGGUUAGUGUCUCCUGAGCCUCCACCUAAAGGCUUCCUGGUGAUGGGCUCCAAGUUCAGGUACAGUGGACGGACACAAGCGCAAACCCGGCAGGCGAGCGCUCUGAUCGACCGGCCCGCUCCACACUUCGAACGCUCCACCAGCAAACGCCACCUCCUCUCCCGCAGCCUGGACGGAGAGUUUUCCCGGCCGCUCUCCACCAUGGGCGAGCCUCAGGACGCCCUGUCCCAGAAGAGUGAGACUCAGUUUCUCUCCGGAGACGAGCAGGAGGCAGAACCUGACCUCAGUCUGGACCAGGAUCAAGAAGAAUCCAGUGUGACCACGCCCACCAGGAAGAAAGAUGUUAAGACUGAGGAGCUGCCUAAAGAUGGCACCGUGCUGGAGGAGGACGUAGGGUCAACUCUCGAUGCGAAACCAGAGUUGGAGAUGGAGUCUACCCCUCGACACAAGCAGGAGUUUCUGGAUAAGUCAGAGGAUGUGCUCCUGAAGCACCAGGCUAGCAUUAACGAGCUGAAGAGAGCCCUGAGGGAGCCCAACAGCAAGCUGAUGAACCGGGAAAAGCGCUUGUCUGGGACCUCCCCGGGCGGCACGCCCGAGAAGAAGGCUGAGGCAAUUGGAGCAGGGGGGAGGGAACCUGUAAACAGCCUUUCAGUGGAAGGUUUCAUCCAGAAGACAUUGGUGACUUCGCCUGAGGGCUCUGAGGAGUGGGUGUUGAUUGAAAAACAGAACACUUACCAACAGGACUAUGAAAUGGAAGAGACGGAAAAGGACAAAGUCCAUGUUUCCCCACUUCCCGUGGUCAUUGAAGCGCCUGUGGAAAGAAAGAUGGUACACAUUGAGGUGACUGGAGAAGAUGGUGAAGAAAUGCAGGUCCAGAUGGACAGUUUCCCAUCCCCCAAGGUACCAUCAAAGGAAAGGCCUUCAGAGGCAAAGCAAAGGAAUGACACACAGGAAGAUUCAUCAGCUGAACCUCAGACUGUAGAAUCCAUGGACAAAUCACAAGAAGAACCGUCUACAGUGAAGGUUGAAACUUUCACGUCCAAGUCUGAGGUGAAGGAAGAACGGCGUUCAAGCAAAGUUCGCAGGGAGCGAAGACCUCAGAGUCUGAAUUUAGGAAUAAGAGAGUUUGUCUAUGAGACAAAAACAGAAACAAACAUAAGACAAGAGAGCGAGGAGUCAGACGAAGACAACAACACUCCAGGGAAAGAGGAGAUACAAGUCAGCCAUCCUGAUGAGAACGCUUCAAGAAUAGAGAGUUGGUCAGAGUUCAUGUCGGAGAAGAUAAAGGAGCAUGCAAAAGCUGCCUCAGAUGUGCAUACUGGACCACCGAACAAAGAAAACGAGAAGGAACUGAACAGAACUGAUCCGGAGGAUGAACAGAAGCCCAUCCAGGAUAAGAUUGUAUUUGAUGAUGCCGUAGAACAAGCGGAAGAUCAAGAUAAGAACGUCUCAGCUGAAGCAAAGGACAUAAAUGUUGAAGAUCAGCCAGAAGGUCCUGACUCCAUCAAUGGCCCUGUGAAAGAUGAGCUUAAAAGAAGAUCAGAGGUCAAGUUUGAGAUCACGAAAGUCAUCAUGAUUGACAACAGUGAAAAUGAAGAGGAACCUGACGAUGACACUAAGCAAAGGAUGGAAGAGUUUGUGCAAGAGAAGAAAAUUAGUAAUAUUGAACAAGAGAGCAUCGAAGAAGUCCAUCCAGAAAAGGUUCAGAGGAGGGUUAGGGCUACAGGACAUGCCUGUUCCGAAUUAACAAGGAUCGUCCCAUUGAAACCUGAGAGGGCAAAGAGUCAAGGGUGCAAAGACGAUCUAGACAUCGAGGAAGAGUCUGAACUGAAGAGAAGACAUUUUAAGAGAUACAGCAUGAACGAAUCUAUAGAGAGACAGUUUGAUCCGAGUAGAUUUGAUAGCCAGGACAUAAGCUCUUCACAUACUCUUACUUCUGUUAAAGCGAAUAGAUGUCAAGAGGACUCGAGUUUAUCCAUGAUGGACCACAACGUCUUCCAAAGCUAUGAGCUGCAGUCAUCAGUAUACAGUGAGUACUUGCUAAAAGGAAGUACUGUUCAGGAUGAGGAAAUGUUGAAAUACUCCACCAAAGCAGGGUCUGAGGAUCUGCCCCAGCCUGAUGAUGGAAGCAUUGAGGCCCAGCAACUUGCCUCCAAAAUCACAGGGCUUCAGAAAAGUACUCCUCCAAUUCCUCCUGUCAAAACCAAGAAGGCCAGAGAAUCAGGACUGAUACUUCGCAACAGCCGCAAUGCCGGCAAUGAUCCGGUACUGGAAGCUGCCGAGAAGAAACAUGGGGAGCCUCUUUCCACUCCUGCCAUUCAUGAAGAAACACUAGAUGAAAUCAAGCGACGGCCACACUCUUCCGCUGAGGACGAGCGCGAGCGGGACAGUGCAGUAACCCUGAGGGAGACGCACUUGAGCAUCGAGCGCAAGUGCUCCAGCAUGACGGUCAGUUCCACGUCCAGCCUGGAGGCCGAGGCUGACUUCACCAUGCUUAUGGAGCUCCACGGAGGCUCCGAGGAAUUCUCCAGAGCCGCAGCUGAAGUGGGGAGGGAAGACUUUGAGGAAACCUCCAGGUUCUACUCCGCCCGGCUCAUGGGCUCCCACGACAGGUCGCCCAUGAAGGAGAAAGUGCACGAGGAACGCGCCCACCAUGAAACGGAACCCGUAAGAAGCCAUUUCGUCUCCGUUUGUGCCUGCCCGUGGAUCGCACCUUCACCACCGGUGGCCAAGAAGGACCCUAAUGCUGUGAGUGUGGCCCACCUGCUCAGAAAGGGAGAAGCCAGAGUGGAACCACAUUCAAACGGCUCUGAAGUCCUCCCCUCCGUUACAGACGGCCCAGAUCAGCCUGUGCAGGAGGUGGCGCAGGGUGGCGGUGACGUCAACUGUGAGGAGACCGUGGUCUCCAACAAUGAUGUCAUCCAGGCACAGGAGGUAGAUAUGAGCCAGAGAGAGAGCAGGAUAAAGGAAACUAAAGAGAACGGCUCCCCUCUGAAAACAGGCAGUCUGGGUCGGGAGUCCGUCACGUCUCCUCUCACCAUCACCAAUGAAAAUGUUACCUCAGCUACGACAACUCAAGUCACCAAGACCGUCAAAGGGGGCUACUCAGAGACGAGGAUCGAGAAAAGGAUCAUUAUCACUGGAGAUGAUGCUGUCGACCAACAUCAGGCUCUUGCUAUGGCAAUACAGGAGGCCAAACAGCAGCAUCCUGACAUGCUUGUCACGAAGGCAGUGGUCGUCAGGGAAACAGAAUCUCCCUCCGAGGAGAAACACCGGACAUCCGAGUCCUGAUCACAGAUCUCAUGAGACCAGAGUGAGGAGAGGAGCCUGAUGUCCAGCCCCACCUUCUACACCCAGCUGUGGGAAGCUAACCUAUGCUACUGUAACAAUACAGACCAAUCAUAUACAAUACAGACCAAUCCUGCAUCCAGCAACGAGUUCCUCCGCUACAGAACACACACCGUUUGAGCCCUCCUCCCUCUGCUGUCAGCCCAGACUGUGAGACUCUGUUGUUCAAGUCAACCUUGAGAUAUCACCACCUCACCAAUGCAGUCCUCCAUAUCAGCUGUUUAAACCAAGUAUACUACUGCACACAGUGCUCGUCUAAUACUACUACUCCUAUGUCCAACUAGCAUGACUUGUUGCCGUCUUCAAAAAAGGUUGUUGCCCUUGAUUUGUAUAAAUGUUGAUAGAGUUUAUUCUCCGGUUUAGCCUGUUAUAUCUGUGGAUACUGAAUUCCGGAGACGACUGAGGGGAAACGUGACCCGAGGUCCAUCUCGUAUGCAGAGUUCCAUUCUGUGUGGUCAGCAUCAGUCUCCAGUCAAGCGCUGUUUGAGUUUACGUGAGUUCGGACCCUCGCUCUGAGAGGCUCGCUGUUUUUUUCGUCCCCCGGUUCUACCUGCUCACUGUGGAAUACUCUUUCGCUCUGUCCUCUAAAAGGGUCACCGUGAAGAUUCUGCCUUCUCUUUCUCCUUCAAGCAUGACUUUGUAGGAGAUAUGAGGUCAGGAAACUUCUCCCUUUCGGCCCGGGGUGAUGGUCAGCUUUUACUGCUUGCUGUCACUUAUGUGACAUAUAUAUAGUCAAUCGCUGUCUUUUUAGCUUUGUAAAGAUUUUUAAAAUGAUAGAUGAUCAAAAAAAGUCAAAUAUUGCUUGUUAAUUACAGUUAAGGCAUAUUUAUUGAUUGUCAUCCUACAUAUGCAUGAUUGGAAUAGCUGGCGUGGAUGGAUAAAGAUGUAACGCAUCAACUGGCAGCAUUUGCAGAGAGCGCAUCUCAUGAUAUUAACCAAUAGGACUCUUUAUACUUCGUAUAAAGAGGCUUCACCCACACGUGUAGAGAUUUUUGAUAGCAUGUUUUUUCUCUGCUGUUUGGCCCACUGUCCACAAAAUGCUUUAGGUUAUGAAAAAUACAGGGUGAUUCAGAAAGUUAUAUCCAAUUUCAAAACAAUUGAUUUCACUUGUAAUUCACUACAGGUCAGUGCAGUGAGCUGUAAACGGUGUAAAUGAUCAUAAAGUUUAUUAUGUAGUUCUACAAGGUCUCAGUCUGAACCUCCUCCAGCUGUACGGACGACAUCAACUCCACAGUCAAACUCCUCCCAGA